AGUGCUGCUCAAGAAAUGAAACAGCUCUGAGAGGGUUGUAAUCACUAGUGUCUUCCUUUAUACCCCAAGCUUCAGUUUCUCAGUUACUGACUUAUCUGCCUACCUACUCAAGUCAAGCAGGCCACUUCUUGUGUUGUUGAAGGUCUCANGAUAUGUAUAUCGCUGCAGAAAUAUCCAAGGAGGCUCAGAAACAACUUGAAAGAUGGUGAAGGAGUAUAAGAGAAUUGUUCUUCUGAAAGGACUUGAAUGUAUCAAUAAGCAUCACUUUAGCUUAUUUAAGUCAUUGCUGGCCAGAGAUUUAAGUCUGGAAAGAGAUAACCAGGAGAAAUAUACCACGAUUCAGAUUGCUAACAUCAUGGAAGAGAAAUUCCCAGCUGAUGCUGGAUUGGGCGAACUGAUCAAGUUUUGUAAAGACGUACCAGCACUUAGAAAACGUGCUGCAAUUCUUAAAAAAGAGAGAUCAGAAGGAGAAACAUCACUGGAAAUAAAUAAGCAAGAAGCAGGUCCUGCAACACCUACAUCAACUACAAGCCACAUGUCAGCAUCUGAAGGAGGGGAGACUUCGACAGCUCAGGUGGGGACUUCCACAGCUCAGGUGAGCCUGAGGAACAGGGGCAAUGGGCAAUGGAUAUACUUUCAGAAAAGGAAAAGUACGAGUGAAAAGAAGACUGAAGAGAAAAAGAGCAAGGCAUCCUGGGUAGCAGAUAAGCCUCCCUGUUGUGAAGAGCCCACAGCCACAUGCCAGUCACCAAUAGCCCAGAUCUCAUUUUCUGCUCCAUCUAUCAUUUCUUUGGCUAAGACAAAGAGAAAACAAAUCACAAAAANUGAAGGUGGAAAGAAAAAGAAGCUCGCCCAGGAGCAGGCUCAGCUUCCAGAAACUUCAGGAACCGAUAUAAAAAAAGAUGAAGAUUGUCUCCAGACUCCUCAUAAGCCUCCACCAACACCACCCAGCAGUUCCUCAAACAAGAAACAGAAAAAAGGAACCAUCCAAAAACACAGCAUCCCAAAGAUAGAGGACCCUCAGGAAAAGCAACAACUUGUAGAAUUUUCAUCAACCAGCAACUUCCCAGCUGUAAGUGACCUCCUGACUUUUGAAGGACAUUCAGCAAUUGCUUCAAGCAGACUUCAGUCUUCUCAGAAGCCUCUAGAAGCUCACUUGGAUUUAAAGAUGUCUCCAAGCUCUUCAACAUCACCUUGCCAUAAUCUUCCAGUGUCUCUAUCCUCAGACUCGAAUGUUCAUCUGAACUCUAGUGCACAUUCCAUCCUGUUCAGUGGUACCCAGGUUCCUCAUGGACCAUCAGCAACAGGAUUCAGUAAUGUCAGGAUCCCUCUUAUGCCUUCAGAAACAGUGUCCUGCUCUUCCAUUGCUCCUCACAUGUCUCCAAUAAAGGUACCCAGCAGUAUCCAGGACCUUCACCUUCCUGCACGAGCAGCAUUCAAUAGCACAGAGGAUCCACACAAUCAAGCAAAGGCAUCCAAAAAUGUCCAAACUACUAUAAUGCCUCCAGCAACACUGACAAGCAAAGUCCAGUUCCUAAAGAUGCCUUCUCCAGCAACAGCACCCAGCAGUGUUCAGGCUCCUCAUACUCUAGCAACUGUGUCCAGAAGCAACUCUGUCGCACAGGUACCUCAAACAACAACAUCCAGUAGCAUUCAGACACUUAACUCUGCUAUAGUAAAAGCAUCCAAGAAUGUCCAGGCCCCUCAAGUAUCUUUACCAACAGAACCCAAUUAUUUCCAGGCUUCUGUGGCACCUCCAUCAGCAACACCCAGCAGUUCUACAUCUUUUCUGGUACGUUUGCCAGUAGCCACAAGCAGAGCCCAGACUACUCAGAUUCAUCCAGAAACAGAAUCCAUUUGUGUCCAGGCUCAUCUUGUUCCUUCAUCAGCAGUGUCCAGAAAUAUGUGUACCACUCAGUUGACACAAGUCCUGGCUCCACAUGCAACUCUACCAACAGCAUCCAGCGGUCUCCUGGCUCCACAUGCAACUCUGCCAACAGCAUCCAGCGGUCUCCUGGCUCCACAUGCAACUUCAUCAACAGCAUCCAGCAAUCUUCUGGCAUUACAGUUGUCUCCAGUAACAGCAUCUAGGGCUCUCAGUGCCACUCCAGUGCUUUCAGCAACAGUACACAGCAAUCCAUCAAGGACACCAAGGAGAGGAACUGUACCAAAGGAGCCUUCUAGGGAAGAAGGUCACCAUCAAGGUCCCAAACAAGUGAUGGUGUUGAAAGUAACAGAACCAUUUACGUAUGACCUGGAAGAAGAUACAAGGAUGUUUCAUGCUACAGUGGCUACUGAGACUGAGUUCUUCAGAGUGAAGGUUUUUAACACAGUUCUAAUGAGCAAGUUCAUCCCAAGAAAUAUCAUUGCCAUAUCAGAUUAUUUUGGGUGCAAUGGGUUUCUGGAAUACACAGUUUCCUGUGUGUCUGAUGUUAAUGUUAACCAGACAAUGGUCGUUUCAAAUACACUGAAGCAAAAUGCUACUGCAACUCCAAAAAUUUCUCAUCUUUUCUCACAAGCAAGGGGGACAUUUGUGAAUGGAGAAUUUGUAGUAAUUACGAAAACUGAGAGGAAUAAAUCCAUUUACUAUGGAAUUGAAGAUAAUACAGGGAAAAUGGAAGUGGUGGUUAAUGGAAGACUCACCAAUAUCAAGUGUGAACCAGGCGAUAAACUUAAACUUGUCUGUUUUGAAUUGACUUCCAUUGAAGAUGGGUGGCAGCUGAGGUCUGUAAGGCACAGUUACAUGCAGGUACAAAGUGAAGGAAAGCCACUCAACCCAGACUCAGUCAGGAGAACCUCUCUGGAACCAUACUUCUGA